AUGAAUAAGUCAAUCUUUUUUGUCCUCUUCUCUCUUAUUCUCCUCUCUGUUCACGUGUUUGGAUUGACGCCUCUCGAAGAUCAAUGGAUUCCCAUCAAAGAUGUUAAAGACCCUUACGUUAUAGAGAUUGGUAAAUUUGCGGUCUCAGAGUACGCCAGAUUAAACAACCUUCAAUUGAAGUUUGUGACGGUUGUUAGCGGUGAUAUUCAAAUAGCCUCCAAUUUGAAAUAUUACAAGCUUAUAGUGACGGCUAACAGUGUCGGAAACGGCACGAGCAAAAACUAUGAAACAAUCGUAUGGAAGCUAAAAUCAAUAUCGGAACUCAUGGAUUUCGAGCCACUAUCUUAA